UUAAAUAUAUGACGUAGAAGCAAUACAUUGGAAGCUUCAUUCCGUUGUGAGAAGUCGAAGCAAACGUGUGUCUGUAGGUACAUAGUGACGCUAAUUUACAACGAUGUUUUUUAAAACGAUAGUGUUUUUAAUAGUGUACUUUUCUGCAGAUUUCUCAAAUGGACAAAGAGAAAACAAGUUUUUCCGAGAAGAUUACACGUAUAUAGACGAGGGCAAAGGUUUCUAUAAGAUCCACCAGCACCAGCAAACCUGGUUCGCUGCCAAGGUUGUGUGUGCUCGGGAAGGAGCGAGUCUGUUCUUCCCUGAAAAUGAUGCUGAAGCCAUGGCUGUCGUGGCCUUCUGGGAGAGAACUGCACCCUCACGUGAGCGAAUGCUCCUGGGCAUGUCAGAACUCUUGGUCACAGGAGAUUUUGUUACUAUUGAUGGAAGACCAGUCACUGAAGUAUAUAACAAUUGGAAGCCAGGCGAGCCGAACCACCUGGGCGGCGACGAGCACUGCGUCAACUGGCACAAGGGAGGUGUCCUCAAUGACUGCCCGUGCGACUACAGAGAUGAUUUCAUUUGCAAGAAGAGCAUCCAUACUCUAGAGUGGAACUAUCUUUGCAAUAUGUCAAAUAUGGACUACACUUACAACAGGGACGCUGGCAAGUGUUACAAAGUUCACACAACGCCCGUGACCUGGACCGAAGCUAAAGCCAUAUGUGAGGCGGAGCAAACGCAGCUGGCAGUCAUCAAUAAUAAGGCAGACGCCGAAUAUCUUGCCAGUUUAAUUGAGUCCACACCCACCCCAAGAACUGCAGACAAUUACAUGCGUGGAGUAUAUCAUAUGGGCUUCCACAACACAUACGGCGCAGGCUGGUUUACAGUUAAAGAUUUAGCAUUGACAGCCAGUCCUGAUAUGUGGUGGGGGAACAAUAUUCCGAAGGGAGACUAUCAGUGCGGCUCAAUGUUCUUCAAUGGACAGUUAAACAAUAUAGACUGCUCAACGUCAAGUUUCUUUAUUUGUGAACACGAAGCGCAAUCGAAUGAAUUGUUAUAAUUUUAGUACGUAAUGCAGUAUUGUGUAUAACUAGAUGACGUAAAUGUCUAGAUUAAGCUUUACAUUUGGAACUUCAAAUAUGAUUAUUAAUAAGCUCAAACUCAAACAAAAUAUUUAUUCGCUUGUUAAGGUGUGCUUUGUGAAUAGGAUAGAUACCUUAAUAUUCGUAGUUUAUAGGAAGGAGGAAGGAGGAAGGAGGUUAUAGGAAAUCUGUUUUGCUUAGAAGUAUCAUCUAAGAAGAACCUGUAUUUAAGUUUUUAUGACUUAUUGUAUUGUAUUUCUGUUAUGGUGUAGAUCUUGUUUACCUAAUAACUAAUUAAGGCUGUAACAAAAAAAGCGCAGUACAAAUUGAUUAGGUACUAGAUUUGUUUCAUGACAUUAAAUAUUUACUAAAUUAUAAAA